ACUUUGAAACGGUAAAUGAAAUCUUAAGAUCAAAUAAGAAUGGAAUACAUUCAUUAGGAAUAUGUUCAAAUCAUUUCAAUUAUGAUAAUAAACAAUUACAUAGUUGCCAAAAAAGUGAAGUUAGUAUUGACAAUGCACUAAUUUCUCGAAAAAAAUGUUUAUUUUGUGGAUUUGACAAAUAUAUAUUUAGUCGAGGUUAUUGUUCAGAGCACUCAUGGAAAUUAUGUGAUCGAAAUAUACGAAUAGCAUGUAAUGGAUUAAAAGUUUGCCCUGUGUUUCAAAGUAAUGAUUAUGUUAAGCAGUCUACUGGUAUUAGGCGGACACGAUAUAUUUGUGUAUCAUGUUUUAUGUCUGAGGGUGGACAUUUAUAUGAACAAAGAGGACGAGGUGCUGUUCUCCCCUUUGAUUGUACAGAUCAACAUUGUGAUGACUCUACAAAGUCUCUCCAAUUUCUAACCAAGUGGAUAAAUGACAUAUCUGAAUCUGCUGAAAAAAAUACUCGAUGUCUUCUUCUUGAUGAAAUUUUUAGGGGUAUCAUGGCUUUUUUUGAGAAAUCAAAAUUAGCCAAAUUAAAUGAAGAAAAUAUUAGCGAUGAGGAGUUAGAAGAUGACACAAUUAGAAAUAAUGAAAAUAAUAUAAAUCAAAAAAAGAAAUCAAAUCCGUUAAGUUUUUUAGGAAUAAAAAUUGCAUUUAGAUUGAAGAAAGUAAAUAUUAAAAAAUUUUCUACUAGUGAAGCAUUCUGUGAUACAAUAAAAAAAUACCCAAUACAAAUGGGUGAAGCUUUAGCAAACUUGUUUUGGCGCUCUAGACCAGAAGUUCGUACCAAUAAAGUGAAAUUAGAAACACCUAGUUCUUUAAAGGAGUAUCAGGAUGGAUUUCCAUCAGUGUUUUUAAUCGUAAUGAGAAAACAAAAAGAAAGAGGAGUUUUGGAAAAAGACUAUGAUGAUGCACGUGCCAAAAAAAUUGCCCUGUUUUUCAAAGCCCCGCCUGCAUAUAUCACUGUAUUCAAUAUUAUGUGCGCUGGUGUGGUGGCACAUACCAAUCGAUAUGAGAAACAUUUGGAAAAGCAGCGGCGUAAACAAGCUAAUAUAGUUGAGAAAUUAUGGGUAGGAGAAGACGUAUGGAAUAUUUCUCAUCUAACACUUCGAAUGGUAUGGCAAUAUCGAUUUCCACAAGCUAUAUCAAGCCUAAUAAAAUCAAACAAUGCUGAAGUAUUAUCUUUUCAAAUCGGACGAUCAACAUUUAUUGACCAGCAAAUACAAAAUCUUGAAAAAAUAUUUCACUUAUUCGUUGAAGAUAAAUG